AUGGCGCCUAUACCUCGAUCUUCUCUCCCCCGCCUCAUCCUUUACCACCAAACGGUCAAUGAGCGGGACGGCUCACCAAUCUCUGUCCUGCCGCUUAUCACUCGACCAGACAUCUCACUCACUCAUAUCAUUGUGGCCGCCAUUCACAUCAACGAGGACCCACUCAAGUUGACGCUCAACGACCACGCGCCCUCGCACCCGCGGUUCGCGACGCUAUGGGCGGAGCUGCGCCUGGCCCAGGCCAACGGCAUCGCCGUGCUGGGGAUGCUGGGCGGCGCGGCCAAGGGCACGUACGCCCGGCUGGACAGUGCCGUCGUCGACGACGCAACCUUUGAGGCCUACUACGGGCCCGUACGGGACCUGAUCCGGGACCGGGGCCUCGACGGGCUGGACCUCGACGUCGAGGAGCCCAUGUCCCUGGGCGGCAUUAUCCGGCUGGUCGACCGGCUGCGCGCCGACUUUGGCCCCCGCUUCUUGAUCACUCUGGCUCCUGUCGCCGCCGCGCUUUUAAAUUCCCGCGCCAAUCUCUCCGGUUUUGAUUACGAGGCCCUCGAGGUCAUGCGCGGUCGCGACAUUGCCUGGUAUAAUGCCCAGUUCUACUGCGGCUGGGGCGACGCCGCCACCCCGCUCAUGUACGACAUGAUUGUGGCGCGCGGCUGGGACCCCAAAAAGGUCGUCAUGGGUCUCGUCACCACGCCCGAAAACGGCAACGGCUUCGUCCCCUGGCCGGUGCUCAGCGGGACUCUGAAGGUGCUGCAGAACACGUGGAAGGACGGCGCUUUCGGCGGCGUCAUGGGCUGGGAGUACUUCAACAGCUCGCCCGGCGGCAAGGAGAGGCCGUGGGAGUGGGCUCAGAACAUGACCAAGUUGCUGCGGAGUGGAGGGGGAUCCUCGCGCAUACCGGAGCCAAGUUCCGCAAGUCAAGCGGGAAGUGCGGCUGCAGCGGCCGAUCAAGCAAUUCCAGCUUCCACAAUUUCUACAGUAGCAGAGGCGGACCCGGACGUCGAAUCAGCUGCGGAACCACCCGUGCCAAAAGACUUUCAGUACGAUACCGACUUUGGCGAGGGUUCGGACAAUGAAUGA